UAAUAACACUAAAAUAAAACAAAAGGGAAAUGGGGACAAUGGUAAUGCAUGAAAGCUACGUGUAGAACAAAAAUAAGACACCUUCCUCCCACCAAUACCACCACUACUGAUCUCACCCUCAAUCUUAAAAUUUAGACAAAAGCUUAUUUCUUUAUUUAAAAAUUGUACCUUUUUUUUUUUUUUUACAAACUGUACAAAAAGGAAAAAGCCAAUGUUACAAACAAAAUGCAAGUUGCUCGCUUCGUCUGUUUCUCAUCCAUUGUUUCAGUGGUUUGAUCUUGUCCUAUUCUGAUAUUAUGUGUCUCUGUCUCUUUCUUUUUUCUGUCGUCAGAAAUAAAAAGUAACUGAACGAACACAAAGCAAAACAACAACGAGAAGGAGACCGAGAGAAAAGUCCAAGAACUCCCAAAAAAAAAAAAAAAAAAAGAAGAAACGCCGCUGAUUCCGACGACUGUUUCUCUUAAUACCCUUUUAAAGACCCAAUUUUGUAUGGCUUUUCGUUUCAUCGUCUCAGCUCUCUUUUGCAGGUGGAAGAUAUUGUCCCUGAUGCAAGGUCAGGGGGGCACCAUUGAUUCCUUCCCUGAAACUGUUAACAUUGAUGAGGGAUCUAGUCCCAAUAACACUAAUAUCGGUCGACCAAAUUCUUUGCAUAACACGCUGAAUCCUGUGGAACCUCAGUUAUCCAAUUAUACAGUGUCUUCUGGUGGGACAAUGCAUAGAAACACUAUUACUCCCGAAGUUCAGAGCUUUAGUGGCUGGAGUUCUGGUGAACCAAGCUCUAGAUUGACAAUGCAAAACCAGGUGAUGCAGGACGUUCUAAAUCACCAUCUUAAUGAUGAUGGAACAAAAAUAGAGUGUGGUUGGUCUUCAUCUUAUAGUACUUGUGUUGGGGCUGCUCCAAGGCCAGAAGAAAGGCAGAUCGAACCACCGAAUGUCUUUUUUCCUGGGAGACUGAAUAGUGGUUGGAGUGGCAAUCAGGUUAGAAGUGGGCCCAUAUAUUUGCAGGGUUCCAGCUCUAAUCAUAGCCCGCAGAAUGUGAAUCUAAAUGAAGGAUUUAUUAGCAGCAGUGGAAAUGGAGGGUCAGGUGUGGCAACUGGUAUAGGUCCUAAUCUCCACAAUUCAGUUGGACUAGAAAGAGAGCAGAUGUCUAAUGCCUCUGUUUCAUCUGAUAAUGUCGGUAGUUCAACUGGAAGCUUUAAUUAUGUGGGGGACGAAAAUAAUGAUGGCUCUGGCUCUUCUUUGGGCAGUUGGGGUUUAUCCUGCAAGAGGAAGGCCCUUGAAGGUACUUCUGGACAGUCUUAUUCUGAUGGUACUUCCAGCUCUUUUCAACAAAUUGACAGUGCUGCAUGGCAUGCUGUUACUCCUCAUAAUGAUGCUUCUAGCAGCUUGAGUUUAACACCCUCUUGGAAUUUCCUUAAUGUUAGUCCUCCUGAUCAGCUGAAUACAAGAGUGGGGCUAGGUAUGAGAGUAGUUAGUGAUGCAUUUUCUUCUUCAAGUUUAAGAAGAGCCAAUCCCGUAAACCAACAAGAAUCUUUACCAUAUAGUUUAUCAUCAACUGGGGUUGCUGCGCAUUCUAGUUUUGGCUUUCCUAGUCACCCUAGAGCUGCCCCAUUUGGUGACUCUUUAGAUUUGAGAUCAACAGCAGCAAUAGCAGGAAAUUCUAGUUCUCCCCCUACUCAACCUCAUAUGAGGACUAUUUCUGUUGUGCCAAGAAAUGUGCAUCCUUUCCCUUGGAAUGGUACUUCCAGUUCAAGAGCUGGCAACCCAUCAAGUUCUAGUAAUUCUGGAGAGAGAGCUGCUGCAUUACGGGAGGAACCUAACAUAAGAAAUAUCCCAAGAUACAACGCAGAGCAUCCCAUGUUUGUACCAGCAACUGAGAUGAGAAAUGUAGCACAAGAUCCAACAGGUUGGAGUUUGGCUUCUGGAAAUUUUAGCUCUUCUGGAGGUAUUCCAUCUUCUAAUCGACCUGGGCCUAGUUCAAUCAGCCAUCAUUUGCCCACCCCUGCCUGGAUUCCUCCUCACAACCAGCCAAUACAUAAUCAACAAAGACUAUCAGAAUUUGCUCCUUGGUCUUUAUUUCCUCCAAUUGAUUCUGAAUCUGGUGGUCAUAGUGGCCAUUUUCCACCAUUUUCCUCAGGCCCUUCUGCUUCCUCACAGGAGACACUGGUGCCAUCUGGAUCUAACAGCCAAGGUAAUAAUCAACCAUACCCAAGGUCAGCAUUCAUAUUGGAGAGACAAGGUGAUGAUAUUCUUGGGAUGCCCCACUCAUUGCGAGCUUUGGCUGCUGAUAUUGAAGGGAGACGCCGGCUAAUAUCUGAGGUUCGCCAAGUCUUGAACGCCAUGCGCAGGGGGGAUAACUUACGAAUAGAGGAUUAUAUGCUGUUUGAUCCGUUCAUAUAUCAUGGUAUGGCUGAAACACAUGACAGACAUAGAGAUAUGCGCCUUGAUGUUGAUAACAUGUCUUAUGAGGAAUUGUUGGCAUUAGAAGAACGCAUAGGAGAUGUGAGCACUGGACUGAACGAGGAAACCAUUCUGAAGUCGAUGAAACAGCUGAAGUAUUCAUCCACUACAACAGAAUCCGCACAAGAAUUGGAACCAUGUUGUAUCUGUCAGGAAGAAUAUGCAGAUGGGGAUAAUACGGGGACACUGGAUUGUGGACAUGACUUCCACACUAACUGCAUCAAACAGUGGUUAAUGCUAAAAAACCUGUGUCCUAUUUGUAAGACAACAGGCUUGCUUAAGUGAGAGCAAAGGGUGUUGUCAGAGCCAGAACCUUAAUUUUCUUCUCAUGGGUCAUCGGAUCCAAUAAUUGGGUGGAAUGUAUAUGAUCUAAACCGGCUUUUCUUGCUCAUGAACGGAGCAACUGUUAAUGUUAUGAAUUGCAGGAUGAGUUUGUGGAAUAACUUGCAUAAUGCAUCAUGACGAUGAUAACAUAUUUGAAAUAAUAUUUAUGACAUUAUCAAAGCUUUAAGAA